AUGGAGGACGAGCAAAGCAAGGAAGAAAUCAUUGAGCGGCUGGAGGAAGGGAAGGCGAAGACGAGAAAAGGUAACCUAAUCCUGAAAAAGCGAAAGGGAGAGUUACACGAGUCUUCCAAAAACUGCUUAUUCAUUUGUAGCAACAAGAGGACGGAGGAGCUAAAGAGCUUCAUGCAGGAUCUCUACAAUCUACAGAAACCUUUCACAUGCUACAUGCCCAAAGUGCACCCGAACUUGGCUGACAUCCAAACGAAACUGAAUGAGGUAGUCGACAUAUGCGUACACAAUAGCUGCUCCUUUUUUCUGUCCGUUUUCUCCACGAAGAAGAAGCCGUCCAGAUUUAUUAUAGGAAGAUUAUAUAACAACAAGUUGUUUGACUUCUACGUCUUUACUCUCCUCUCGUACAUUCCUAUGAAAAUGUUUCCCCGUGCAAAGGACGUCUUGUGUGACACCAAACCGAUUGUUCUCAUUCAGGGGUCCUACUUCGAAGAGACUGACAUUACGAAGAAUCUGCGAAAUGUCCUCUUUGAUUUCUUCAAACAUAGGAAUGUCGACUGUGUGAGCAGCUCCUCAGUGCAGCGCCUCAUCGUGAUUACCUCGCUGAGCGGGGGUGGCACCACAAACCAGCUGCUCUCCUUCCGCCAAUACUUACUUACGAAGGAGCAUUUUUGCCACCCACAGACAAGUGAUGCUCCUCCCCCCCUGGAGGAGGUCGGCCCACGCUUCGAAUUUGUUCUGGAGAAUCACCAGAUUGCAGGCUACCACCUAUUCGAAGAGGCAACCAAAAAUAUCGACCAACAGUUAAAGAAGAAAAGCAAGAAAAAAUUAAAGAACGUCCAAAUGGACGAGUUGGGGAACAGCAUCAAACGCGUCUAUGUGCAGAAGCAGAGCUUUGGCAAGCUGCACACGAAGCAUACGAAACUACACAAUAGGGUCAAGAAAGGGGGGCGCGGGACCCACCCGGGUGGAGGCAACAAUGCACGAGGCGCGUCCCAAGCGCUUUGA